UCUUUAUUUUACUGUGAUUCUGUUGCUUAAUCGUCUUGGAUGGUGUUGUUUUGUUUUUGUCCUUUGCUGGGGAUUUUGUAGACUUCGAUUCUCGUCGGGUGGGGGUAGUGAAUUUGAGGACGGGGUGCUUAGUGGAGUCGUGGAAUUUGAUUUGCAUGGGGAAUUCGAUUUGUUGUUUAUUUUUUUACUUUUUUAAUCCGUUUGGUUUCCUAGUUGAUGCAAUUUUGUAUGUAUUUAGAUAAUGGGUUUUUGUUUACAUGUUCAUAAGUUUAUGUCUGCUUUUUUCAUUCUGAAAUUAUGUUCAGUUAUCAAUUGUCUGGCCUUGUGUUUUGAUGCUGAGAAUGAGUUCUUAGAGUUUGAAUUCAUUUAAAUUAUGCCCAAAUUUGAAAUAGAGGAGUUUCUCAAAUCAGGUUCAAGGUUUCAAUUCUUAUUCAAAGGCUACGUGGUGGUAAUUGAUUAAAAGUUAUAACCCAGACUUACAUGUUGGUUUGAUUGAUACUGACCUGUUUGUUUGCGCUGAAAACUAUUCAGCGUAUUGGUGGUUAGCAUUGAAUGGAUUCUUCAUUAGCCAAAUUCGAAUCUAAAACAUGUCUGUUGAGUUGUGGCAAGUAUGUUUGUAUCCACUCUCUGCUUCAUGCUCGACAACGUACUGCACAGAAUUUAUAUAAACAGCUUAGGGGUGCAACUAAUGGAUUUUCUUUGCAAGCCACUGAAUAAGGAGACUUCUGAUUGCUCCCUUGAUGAGCAGGAUAUUCAUAAAUGUCCAUUCUUGAGGAACAUCAAUAAACCAACUUACUUUUCUUUUGCUUCUCUGAAUUUUCCCGUCCCUCAUAGGGGAGCCAAAGGCCCAAUUUUUGAAGAUGGUCCCAACUUUGACUUGGCCUUCAAACUAUUUCACGGGAAAGAUGGGGUUGUCCCUCUCGCAGGGAACUCUGAACUCUGUCUGAACAAACUGGAGACUGAGGCUGUACCAGAAUUCAACCCUUUAGCAUCAAGAGCUGCAUCUAUCAGUAUGUCAGCAUUUGGACCAGGAGGGCCUUUCAGUUUUAAUUCUUUCUUUGGGAAUAUGCAGAAUAAGAAGUCUGAGUCAUCCAGAAAGAAAGAACGCUCCCCUAAGGGUGAUUCAUCUAAGCAUGAGGCACUUGGAAAUGAGUGGUUAGAAACCGGGAACUGCCCAAUUGCUAAGUCCUACAGGGCGGUGAGUAACGUCAUCCCACUUGUCGCAACAGCUCUUCGACCACCACCUGGGAUCAAGCUCAAAUGCCCACCUGCAGUAGUUGCAGCCAGGGCCGCCCUUGCCAGGACUGCUUUUGUUAAGAGCAUCCGACCACAGCCACUACCUGCAAAGAUCCUUGUGAUUGGUGCCUUGGGCAUCGCUGCUAAUAUCCCAUUGGGUGUUUGGAGAGAACAUACAAAAAAGUUCUCACUCUCUUGGUUCACUGCAGUUCAUGCUGCGGUCCCCUUCAUAGCAAUGCUUAGGAAGUCGGUGGUGAUGCCUAAAACAGCUAUGGCAUUAACCAUUGCAGGUUCUAUACUUGGGCAGAUGAUUGGCUCAAGAGCUGAGCGCCUUCGACUGAAAGCCAAGGCAGAGAGGGUAAACCAGGUGGCACAGGCUCCUCCAGCAGUUGUUCCCAGUCACAGUUCCGUCCAGGCAGACGGUGCAACUGUUCAUCAAUGUAGUAAGCAGGGAAUAAUGUGGGACCCUCUCUCCGACAAGAUGGUGAAGACUUCAUCUUCACCAGCUGGCAUCUGUUUCUGACGGAGGUUUGUGGCAGUGAUGAAAAUAAAUCGAUUCAAGCAUAGUCAGAGGGAUUAAAUGAAUAAAGUCUUGAAAAAUCUAUAAGACAUCCAAUGCAAUUUGGAAUUGUAAUGAGAUGUGAAACCAUUUGUGCGUCACUAUGCUGUCUGCACUGAGGUUCUAUAACUGUUGUUGCAUAGUCUACAUUGCGUAUAGCAGUUCUGUCUCUUGUUACUCAUAUAUAGGAAAAAUGAUUAUAAGCAUUGUCUCGCUGGUCUUUCUAGAUUAGCGGUGCGAGCUACGCUCAAUAUGUGUGUAUAAAAAUAUUUUUAAAGUGUAUAAAUAA